CCACUGAGAAGCUGAGGCUCCCCUGCUCCUUGCAUCAUGAAGGUUUCUGCAGCACUCCUGGGCCUGCUGCUCUGGACAGUCGCCUUCAGCCCCUGGGGUCUUGCUCAGCCAGCUGCUAUCCCAACCACCUGCUGCUUUGCUGUGGCCAGCAAGAGGAUCCCCAUUCAGAAACUGGAGAGCUAUAAGAGGGUCACCGGCAGCAAGUGCCCCCAGAAAGCCGUGAUCUUCAAGACCAAACUGGCCAAGGAGAUCUGUGCUGAUCCCAAGGAGAAGUGGGUCCAGAAUUCCAUGAAGUACCUGGAUCAAAAGUCCACAUCUCCAAAGCCAUAAAUAUUCACCUUUUUGAAACCUCCCUAGAGCCUGUGAAAUGCUGCCAUUGUUUUCCCUUUC